AUGCGCCCAUACUUGAGGACGCACGGAAAGCAAGUCGCUAGGCUGCACCUUUUCGACUGGAUCGUGCUGCUCCUACUUGUCGCCAUGUACGCCGUGCUCGGCCUUCUCCAGCCGUUCCACCGGUUCGUCGCAGAAGACAUGAUGGCGAGCCUCCGGUACCCCAUGAAGGACAACACCGUGCCUAGCUGGGCCGUGCCGAUUAUUGCCAUCGUUGUGCCGAUGAUUUUCAUCGUUGGGAUAUACAUCAAGAGGAGAAACGUCUAUGACCUGCAUCAUGCUAUUCUUGGCCUUCUGUUUUCCGUUCUGAUAACGGCCAUCCUGACCGUUGCGAUCAAGGAUGCAGUUGGCCGGCCGCGCCCGGACUUCUUUUGGCGCUGCUUUCCUGAUGGAGUCCCGAAGUACAACAACAUCACCGGAGGUGUCAUAUGCCACGGACAGCGGAGCGUAAUCGAAGAGGGCCACAAGAGCUUCCCAAGUGGGCAUUCUUCAGCUUGUUUUGCGGGGCUUGGAUUUCUGUCAUGGUACCUGGCCGGCAAAAUCAAGGCUUUCGAUCGAGGAGGCCAUGUCGCCAAGCUGUGCAUCGUUCUUCUGCCUCUGCUUCUUGCAACGAUGGUUGCGGUGUCGCGAGUCAGUGACUACUGGCACCACUGGCAGGAUGUGUUUGCAGGUGGAGUUCUUGGAUUGGUGAUUGCUUCGUUUUGCUACCUUCAGUUCUUUCCACCACCCUACAGUAAACAUGGCUGCCUCUGCCACCAUCUAAAACAUGUUGAUUAUUUCAAGCUACUGCGAAUGAACUUAGAGCAGCAAUGCGUGAGUCACUAUCUUUUGGAGGCCAUCGAAGCCCUAAAGAAGGAGCUAGAAAUUCUUGAGGCCGAGAAGACCCGACUUGCAGAGGAGGUUGGGGGUCUCCGUGCUGCCCGCGGUGAUUUGGAGAUCCUUCAGAGGAAGGUUGAUUCCCUAAACAAGGAGGUAGAGGGUGGGAAGGAUGCCGAGCAAUUGGCUGCCGAACGUGCCUUAAAGGCCAUUGAGACGGCUGAUAACCUUCGCAAGACGGUGGACGCCGAGAGGGAGUCCGGUGUUGCCUUGAAGGCGCAGAUGGACAUGCUAACUAGGUGCCUAAAGGAUGCCAAAACUGCCAACUUCCUCAAGCUUCCUGACUUCAUUGGCGGAACUGUCGAUUUUGGAGCGCUGGCUUCUGCCACCAAUCUCUCCAAGAUGCUGAGGCAAGAUAGCUGUCUGCACGUCGAAGGCGUGAAGGAGAAGGACCUUGAGGGCCCGGCUGAGCUCGGAGUGACUUCGCGCGAUGUUAGAAGAUCCGUUCGUAACUUUAUGAAGUCAUUCUGGGUGAAGUUUGGCUGGGCGGAGGCUUGUUCAAUGGCGGAGGCCCGGCUUUGUGCUAUUUUACAAGAGUUGCAGAAGGUGGAGGCUGUGCAUGGUACUGCUACAGAGGCGACGACUCCGAAGGCUCCCUCCGGUGCUGCUGAAGUCUAG